CUUUUUGUGAAACCCCUUUUCCUAUUUUGUUUUAUUCUAUGGAAAAAAUAAAAUAAAAUCAAAGAUCCCAUCCACAUUAUGACACUGUGUUCUUACUUCUUACAUAAGUGGUUCUUCUAGAUUCUCAUGUCAGUUUUUAACCUUUUAUAGUGUUUUUAACUUUUUCUCCUCUUUUUUUUUUUUUUACCGCACGAGGAGCGUUCCGGGCUGCGAUGAAUGAUUGCCAGUUAGGCAUGCCAGAAACAUAAAAAGGCAAAGUCAAUUUGGGAGCUCAGACAGCCUAAGCAUGGCCUCCAAAAUCCAAAAUACACAACCAAUAAACAGUAGGAAAGAAUGAUUUAUAAAAUUAACAAUGGUAACGAAAGAUAGAGACUGGUGAUGAAGUGAAAGUGAACCCCCCAUGUUUCUUUGACUAGUAUUUUCUCCCCCCACAAUUCCAUUUUUUUUUCUUUUUUUUAUUACAAGCUUUCAGUAUGGAGUAUGGACUCUGAAAUGCUUGAGGACAGUGUUGGAAGAUAAAUAGGCGGAAAAAUUAGAGGGUAGUAUUAUUGUGGGUUGGUUACUUGGUUUGUCAAAAUUUUGUACUUACAUUGCUGGGGUCGAUUCAAUUCAAACUUCAUUACGUCAGUUUCAUCGUGCUAAAUAAUACACAUUUCCCGUGCGCUUGUCUCACUUCUUGGGGCUUAUUCGUGUGGGUUUUUGUUCUUCUUGUUGCUGUUAUCUUGGAAUUACCCUGUGAUUUUGGCGAAUUUUUUUGAUAAUCGUCUGUAUUUGCCCUUCUUUAUUCCACUUGUAAAUUUUUUGUAUGUUUACCACCAUCCUUAUAAAGUCCCCUUGUCCCAUGUGGGUAGUUGCAGAUCACACAAAUUAUUGGUUCUAGGGAGAGUUCCUUGGGAACCCAGAAAUCUUUUGGGAUUUGUGUUUCUGGGUUUGAUUUAAAUAUCUAUCAUUCUGAAGAUUUCGGUAAAUGGGUCGCCCGCAAUCCGUUUCUUUGUGCCUCGUGCUUAUUUUCCUCCUCUUUGGAAACUCUUAUUCUUGGUAUAAUGAAGCCCAAGAAAGAGAUAGGAUCAAAUCCUUGCCUGGGCAGCCAGCCAAUGUUGAUUUUCAACAGUAUUCAGGCUAUGUUACUGUAAAUAAGGAUGCUGGGAGAGCGUUGUUUUACUGGUUCGUUGAGUCACCAGCUAGCAGAGCACCUGAAUCAAGGCCACUGCUUUUGUGGCUCAAUGGAGGGCCAGGUUGUUCUUCUGUAGCUUAUGGAGCUGCUGAAGAGAUUGGUCCUUUUCGCAUUAGGCCCGAUGGGAAGACUCUUUUCUUCAACCCUUAUUCUUGGAACAAAUUGGCCAAUUUGCUCUUUCUUGAAUCACCUGCUGGUGUUGGCUUUUCAUAUUCUAAUACCUCAGGAGAUUUGUAUACCGCAGGCGAUCAGAGAACAGCCGAAGAUUCAUACACCUUCCUACUCGAGUGGUUUGAAAGGUUUCCUCAAUACAAGCACAGGGAAUUUUACAUUGUUGGAGAAAGUUAUGCAGGACAUUAUGUUCCUCAGCUAUCUCAAAUUGUAUAUGAAAGGAACAAAGGAGUUGCAAAUCCAAUUAUUAACUUCAAGGGUUUUAUGGUGGGAAAUGCUGUUACCGAUGAUUACCACGAUUACAUUGGCACAUUUGAGUACUGGUGGACUCAUGGUUUAAUUUCAGAUUCUACAUACAAACUUCUUCGUGUAGCCUGUGAUUUGACGUCUUCUACGCAUCCUCCAGCAGAAUGUGUUAAGGCUCUAACUAUAGCUGCAAAUGAACAAGGGAACAUUGACCCUUAUAGUAUAUAUACUCCUCCCUGCAACGAGAGUUCCACAUUGAUGCGCCGUUUCAGGGGCCACUUUCCAUGGAUGCCCAGAGCAUAUGAUCCUUGCACUGAAAGGCAUUCUGAAGUGUACUUCAAUAUCCCGGAAGUUCAAAAAGCAUUGCAUGCCAACAUCACUGGGAUCCCUUACCCAUGGAAAACAUGCAGGUGGGUUUAUUUCUUAGGAGCAUGUUGAUCUGUUCUAGUCCAAUUGUUCGUUAUUGACUAGAACUGAUAUUGUGCAGUGAUAUUGUUGGUAACUACUGGGCAGAUGCUCCUACAUCCAUGCUUCCUAUUUAUAAAGAACUAAUGGAGGCUGGUUUAAGAAUAUGGGUAUUCAGGUCUGUCCGUGCCUCCUCCUUUGCAUCUUGUCACUGCAACCACAUCUAAUGUGGAACAAAUUCACUAGUUAAGUCAUUCAUGGUUUGUUUCAAAACUGACUAAAAGUUUUGUUCAUCUUUUCUUCAGCGGGGAUACUGAUUCUGUCGUCCCUUUGACUGCAACUCGAUAUUCAAUUGAUGCUCUCAAGCUUCCAACCCUCACUAACUGGUACCCGUGGUAUGACAAUAAAAAGGUAAGAUAUAGGAAUGAAAUUUAGUUUGCUUGGGUGAUUAUUUUAUGAUAUCUGCCUAAAAAAUGAUGAUUGAGCUUUCUUAUGCAGACCUCUGAUUACUUGUUUCAUAAAUUAAUUGGCUCAGCCAACAACUAAGCCCUAAUUUUUGCUGUUGGUUAAGCUGUUAUAUGGAACAUACAUUGCUAUCCUGCUUUAAAUAGACACGUUCUCUGCAAAUGAGAAUCUCAGGCAUGGUUCAAAACUUUAAAUUAGAUAAAGUUAGUAGUUGGAUGAUCUUGACCCUAUUCACUGAUUACAUAAUUGUUGCGGGUAAAAGAAAAUUCAUUCACCAAUUUGCUUAAGAAGUAGUUCUUAGUUUAGAAAAUUUCCAUCCUGAUGCGUUCGUCACAGUAGUCUAAAGAAGUCGUGGCUGAUAUCUUGAUUGCUCUGAGGCAAAGAUUCUGGAUUUUCACAUGGGUUUUUCUUCUUAUGAAAUAGGUUGGUGGAUGGAGCCAAGUAUACAAGGGGUUGACCCUUGUGACAGUAGCAGGUGCCGGACACGAGGUGCCACUUCAUCGCCCUCGGCUAGCUUACAUUCUUUUCAGAUCAUUUUUGGAAGACAAGCCUAUGCCGACCUGAGGAAUCCUCUUGGCUAGAAUGGUUCACUCAGGAGACAUACAAGCUUGUUGAUGUCGAAGCAUUGGUCAUAGAUGAUUGGGAACAGGAGAAAGAACCGGAGAGAAUCUGUGUUCUUCUUUCUUCAGCUGUAGGUUAUUAUUAGUUCAGAUUGACGUCAAAAGUUCAUUUUUUUUGCCGGGGUCAAAUUGUUUAUUCUAGCUAGAGUAGAAAUAAAAGUAGUUUUUUUUUUUCCAGAUAUAAGUUCCACACAGUGUAUAUAUGAAACAUAUAUAUACUCUCUCUAUUUCAUCUGAAGACAGCAUCCUCAAAUAUACAUACUUGGGGGGAUGGAAUGUAAUAAUCAAAUGUGAUUCAUAUGAGAAGUGUUAUAGCAGACAAAACUUUUGUGAUCUGUGAUUCAGUCUUUAGUUCAUCAUAUAUGUAACUUUGUUCUGGCCUAUGAUUUGCUUGGAUUUCAAGUCAGUAAAGGAGGUUCAGAUUCAUCUGUAGACGAG